AUGGAAACGAAACAGAGCAGAGAGAAUUCGAGGGAUGCGGCAAAAUUAGGGCACAAAAACGUGCCAAUUAAGAGACUCGCGAAUCAUUCCCGGCCUCAGCAGGCUCCCGAUCUCACGGAUUUUAUGAACGACAUGUUCUUCGGCGCCGUAAACGCGGACCGGAGAGCCUACAAUUUGACCGGUACUGCUACUGAAGAAGAAGAUUCGUUCGAUCGGAGCAGUAGAAGCAGCCAAUUGACGGAGGAGUGGCUGGACGAGGCACGCCGGCUGGUGGCUUCGUCUCCUUCGCGGUGUAGUUCGCCGGCUCGGCUCGUCGGAUCGCCGAGGUUUGCGGCGGCCAACGGUAGAUCGCCGGCGGCGCUCAUUGAUCGGAGAGACCCGCUCUCAAGGUCCGCUAGAAGGCGCAGAGCCGUGGACAACUUCAGUGGGGAGAUCCUCUCCAAAGUCGUACGUCACAGCCGCAACAAAUCGGAAUCCUUUUCAACCUCCGCCGCCGCCGCCGAGGAGGAGGAGCACAUUAAUCCUGCUUUGGCUGUUCAAAAAUGGAUAUCCAACAUCCUCAAUCCCUCCAAUCCUCCUGUUGCCACUCCAAUCCCCAUCUCCGAUCCUCCGUCCACUCCUCGCAAGUCUCGCUUCCACACCAAUCUUCCCUCUUCUCGCCUCGCAAUUCCUCCGUCGGAUGCCCUACUUUCUCCGCCCAAGGCUCUGACUGAAUCGCCGCCGAGAAGAACGCUCUCAUCGCCGGCUUGUUCGCUUCAGGCGAUUAGACCCAAAUCCAGUCUAAAUGGGUUCGCGAGGGCAGAUUCUGGAGACCUGGAAUUUGGUCUUAAUGGGUUCCUCGAAGAACAGCGGCGUAAGAUUCAAAACAUCUCCAAUGGGGAGCUGAAUGUCGAAGUAAAAAUCAUUCUCUCGGGUCCUUCAAACAGCACUAGUUCAAUGGUGGCAGCAGUGUGCUAUGCUUGGCUACUAGAGAACAAAAUGAGGCAGAGUGAAGCUGAAAGCUGUCAAGAGUGUCUUGUGGUGCCUGUGAUUAAUAUGCAAAGGGGAAAGAUGUGGAACCAACGACAGGUUGCUUGGCUUUUUUACCACCUUGGACUUGAUGCUUCCUCAAUUCUUUUCACUGAUGAGGUGGACUUGGAAAGUCUGCUGAUGGCUGGUCAAACUAGCAUCCUUGUGGUAGGGCAAGAUGUCCUUAAGAUGAGUGAUGGGGUUGGAUCUCAGUGCACAAUUCUCACAGAUAAUUAUUGUGAAGAUGCCUAUCAUUUACUUCAAACCCCUUUGUUGAAGAAUCUUUUGCUUGCAGGAAUCCUGUUGGACACGAAAAAUCUUGAUGCGUCUUCUCAAUCAUCCAUGACAAGAGAUGCAGAGGCAGUUCGGUUGCUAUUGGUUGGCUCAGCUCCGAAUUAUAGGAAUGGACUUUAUGAUCAGUUGAUGCGAGUUCAAAAGGAACGUCCAUUUUUGGAUGCCUUGCAGCAAAGUUAUGGGAAGCCUCCUAAUAAUGAGCAUAUCACGGAGAGGAAUCAAACAUCCAUCUCACCCCGUGACGACUCAAUUAACCAACGAAAGAAAUUCAAUGAUUUGGGAACCGCCAAAACCAGCAGGGCUUCACCACAAUCUGCUAAACCCGGUUCAUUACCUAUUCAAACACCAGCUAAAGAAGCACCCAACACAUCUCGUGGAAAGAACAAAAAUUUCUUGGCAAAAUGGUUCGGUUUUGGGUCGAAAUGAGAUAAGAUUGGCUCGGUUUGAUCGAAUUUUAGCUGAGUUCAGAGAUCCCAGUAUUUUAAUAUGGGUCAUACUGGUUCAUGUCCUUUCUUGAGUAAUUGAUCUGAGUUUUGUCCCACAUUUUCACAAGUAUAUGUUCUUUGUUUUGCAGUAUAUCAGGAAAUAUAGUGACAGUUGGUCUGAGCUUUUUGAAUGAUUCUUCUGAACAGAAUAUUCACGAACGUUGUCAUUUAUAUUAGUGUUUGUUGUCGCCAGAUGCUGGAAAUUCAGAUUCUUGUAAUUUGUAGUUGGUGCUAGAAAUAGUUGUUCUUUAAAAAAGAAUUAUUUACCGCAUAGUUUGAUGUCAGGCAAUCAAAUAGACUGUAUUUGUGAUUGAUUUGAAUU